CGGUAUUAUUAAAGUUUUCCAAUUGACAAUUUUCGGGUAUGACUGUCUCGUACACCGCUGAGGUGGCAACAUGCAGCCAUUUCGGUUGUUUCUGGAAGCUUUUGAUGAGAUGGCGGGCGAGCAUCUAUAAGAUUAUAUGGGUUGAUCUUCUGGCAUUUCUGGGCUGUUACUAUUUGAUGGCUAUGGUGUACCGUUUUGCUCUUAGGGAUAUCGAUAAACCCAUUUUCGAGGACAUUGUGAUAUACUGUCAUAGCUAUAGCAAUCUGAUUCCACUAUCCUUCGUGCUGGGUUUCUAUGUGGGCAUUAUUAUAGAACGCUGGUGGAGUCAAUACAUCACGGUUCCCUGGCCAGAUCCUUUGGCUGUCUAUGUUAGUGCCUUAGUUCGUGGACAAGAUGAACAUGGUCGCCUAAUGAGGCGCACUAUCAUGAGAUAUGUCUGCUUGGCCUUAACCAUGGUGCUGUCGAUGAUAUCCCCAGUGAUAAAGCGUCGUUUUCCCACUUAUGAUCAGUUAAUUGAAGUGGGUCUGCUGAAUGCCAACGAAGCGAAUAUUAUAAAGGCCAUGGAUGCUAAGUUUCCGAAGCACCCCAAGUACUGGAUGCCCAUUGUCUGGGCCACGAGUAUAGUGACAAGAGCACGAAAGGAAGGACGCAUCUGGGAUGACUUCUCUUUAAAGUCCAUGAUUGAUGAACUUAACAAAUUCCGAGCUGGAUGCAAUAUGCUCAUCCACUAUGAUACGAUCUCUGUUCCAUUGGUUUACACACAGGUCGUAACCCUGGCCGUCUACUCGUAUUUCGUGGCCUCUAUUUUUGGCCAUCAGUGGAUCGAUCGGGAUACAGCUAAUAAUAAUGUCGUUAGUUACUACUUCCCCUUGUUCAGCACCCUAGAGUUUUUCUUUUUUAUGGGUUGGCUUAAAGUGGCCGAAACCCUUAUUUGUCCCUUUGGCGAUGAUGACGAUGAUUUUGAACUUAACUGGCUGAUCGAUCGUAAUCUGCAAGUUAGUUACCUGAUCGUUGACGAAAUGCACAACGAUCAUCCGCAGUUGGUGAGGGAUCAGUAUUGGGAUGAGGUCUUCCCCAACGAACUGCCCUAUUUGGUUGAAUCUGAAAGGGCCGAACAUCCAGAAGCAUCUACCGCUCGCUUAGGCAUCCCAAAAGUCCAUCCCAUUCCAUCCGUUAAAAGCGAAGCUAGCCUUGAAAAUGACUAUAUAGAGUUCGAAGAUGAAGAUGAAACCAAUCCUGAGAUUACCAUUCGAUUUGCCCGUCGAGAGUUUAGAGUAAGCAAGAGUUCCGUUUCGGUAUCGUUUUCCUCGGAUAGUCUGAGUCGGGAUACCAUCGAUUUUGAUGAAAAAGUUGAAGACGAAAUGGAAGGCGACGGCGGUUCAAUGACACUGGAUUACGGCAGCAAGGACGACUUUGAUCGACUAAGGGAGAAGCGGGAGAGGGAGCGUGUGAACCGGCAGAUCCAGAAUGCUGCCCUGGCCAUGGAGUUGCUCAAAGGAGAACUGGGAUCAGAAGCAGGUGACAGUCGCACUAAGGUCCUAAAGAGUGAGUCCGAGAUUCAGACCGACAAGAGCUUCCUAAGUCAGAGAAAGAAGGACAAGGAUAAGGAUAAGGAUAAGGAUAAGGACAAGGAAGAUGAGAAGUGAGGAGUUACACAUUUGAUAUUACUUAAGAUAACAAAACUUUGAGAGGAAUCUUUAUUUCACUUUGGUAAAAAUUGAUCAUUAAACUUAAUCAUUUAACAUCA